AGUCUUUGCAAGGGCACAGCUGUGCCAGCUCACUCCAGCAGACUCCUGGCAGCAUGGCAGGAAAGCUCUGGACCUUCCUGCUGCUGUUUGGGUUCAGCUGGGUUUGGCCAGCUUCUGCCCACCGGAAGCUCCUGGUGUUGCUCCUGGAUGGUUUUCGCUCAGACUACAUCAGUGAGGAUGCCCUGGCAUCCUUGCCUGGUUUCAGAGAGAUCGUGAACAGAGGAGUCAAAGUGGAUUACUUGACUCCAGACUUCCCCAGCCUCUCCUAUCCCAAUUACUACACCCUCAUGACCGGCCGCCACUGUGAGGUCCACCAGAUGAUCGGGAACUACAUGUGGGAUCCCAGAACCAACAAGUCAUUCGACAUCGGGGUCAACCGAGACAGCCUGAUGCCCCUCUGGUGGAAUGGGUCAGAACCCUUGUGGAUCACUCUGAUGAAAGCCAGGAGGAAGGUCUACAUGUACUACUGGCCAGGCUGUGAAGUUGAGAUUCUUGGUGUCAGACCAACUUAUUGCCUAGAAUACAAAAAUGUCCCAACAGACAUCAACUUUGCGAAUGCAGUUAGCGAUGCUCUCGACUCAUUAAAGAGUGGCCGAGCGGAUCUAGCAGCCAUAUACCACGAACGCAUUGAUGUAGAAGGCCAUCACUAUGGCCCCUCAUCACCUCAGAGAAAAGAUGCUCUCAAAGCUGUGGACACUGUCCUGAAGUAUAUGACCCAGUGGAUUCAGGAACGAGGCUUGCAGAAUGACCUAAACGUCAUCCUUUUCUCAGACCAUGGGAUGACUGACAUCUUCUGGAUGGAUAAAGUGAUUGAGUUGAGCAAAUACAUCAGCCUGGAUGACCUGCAGCAAGUGAAGGACCAAGGGCCCGUUGUGAGCCUGUGGCCCGUCCCAGAAAAACACUCUGAGAUAUAUCACAAACUCCGCACCGUAGAACACAUGACAGUGUAUGAGAAAGAAGCAAUACCCAACAGGUUCUAUUACAAGAAAGGGAAAUUUGUCUCUCCUUUGACCUUGGUGGCUGAUGAAGGGUGGUUCAUAGCAGAGAGUCGAGAGGCGCUUCCGUUUUGGAUGAACAGCACCGGCAAGCGCGAAGGCUGGCAGCACGGAUGGCAUGGAUAUGACAACGAGCUCAUGGACAUGAGAGGGAUCUUCCUGGCCUUCGGACCUGAUUUCAAGUCGAACUUCAGAGCUGCUCCAAUCAGAUCUGUGGAUGUCUACAACAUCAUGUGUAAUGUCGUAGGCAUCACCCCACUGCCCAACAAUGGGUCCUGGUCCAGGGUGGUAUGCAUGCUGAAGAGUCAAACCAGCUCGUCUCCAUCCAUCCCGCCGAACAGUUGUGCGCUGGUCUUGAUUCUCCUCUUAUACUUUGUAUAGCUCGCCAUAGGGCUCAUUCCAAAGCACUCCUCCAACAUGGAGUAGUUUUCAUUUUCCUUAUGAAUAAUAGCUCUAUUAACACAAUCAAGGCCAUUAAAGUUGUAAACAUAUUAUUCUUGGAUGAUCCUACACACAAAUGUCUGUCUGUUCUUAUACUUUGUUUUACCUAAAAUGUAUAAAUUUUAUCCUCUCAUUCACCACACAGUUUUCUGCUCUGUUCACACAUUCUUACUGAAGACGAAUGGUGAGAGCCACGGUCAGCCCAUGCAACAGCCAAACAUUAAAUGGAUAAGCUGCGGUCAUCCUGGACCCCUCUCAUCCUGCCUCACCCUGUGAAGCAGGCUCUCUGUGCUCUGUCCACAUCUAAUGGCUCAAACCUGGGGAUCUGCAGCCAUUAUUUUGUAUUUCCUUUUUUAUUCCAGAUAGAGACUAUCUCCAGGAAAGCAGUAUGUGUUGUCUGUUUCUGCCCCAAUGCCUGAUGUGGGUUUUCUUUUUAAAAUAACACAAUCUUAGAAAGCACAUAGGCCAGUCGAGAUCAUAACCAAUUAAAGCAUCAAAACCAAUUAGACAACUCAUAGAAAUGGCAGGAGCCACGACUCCUCUCAAAAUCCAAGAACAGAAUAAUUUCCCCCUUUUAUUGAACGGCAAGUUUUAAAGUUCUAUAUAACUUCACACACACUCUCUCAUGCCAUAAAGCCUUUCAAACCACAGGCCCUGAACAUUAACAUACACCAAUCAUCUGCCUGCCUGUGACCACUAACUUCCUGCUGCUACUCUUUAGCAGGGUACAUGCCUGAUCUGUCAGUAAAGGCUUGGAAAGAAGAACGGUCUGAGUAAUAAUAAUAGGAUCAUCAGAAAUUUAACUCAUUGUUAGGAAUGGCAAUAUAUCAAAUGCAAGUUUCAUACUUCAGUAGUUCAGAAGAAAACUUGUAUAACAAGGGCUGAUUAUAUUUUUAAACAAUUAGAAGUGUGCCUACACACACACACACCCCACACACACACUUGCACAUGAACAUACACAUGCACACAUGCAUAUGCCAUGUAUACUCACAUGUACACACAUGCACAGACACAAACAUAUAAUGCAUAUAUGCUUACACAUAAACACACACUCGUGUGCCAGCAUACACACAUACUCACAGAGUCCGCCACAUAUAACGGUUAGACUUAGAAUUUUUAUCUUCUUUAUGACGAGAAAGCAAGACACAUUCAAAAGAAUUUGAAUUUUGAAUUUUUCCAUUUUCUCAGCUUGCUGUUAUGCCAUGUGACAUUGUCUCAGGAGGCUGGCCAGAAGCAGCCACAAAGCGCAACUCCCAACCAGCCACAUGAUCCUGGGUGUAACCAUCAACAUCUCAGAGCACAUUGUGCUGCUAAAGUAUGAGGGUCUGUAGGAUGGUGCAUGAAAUUCAUGUUGACUGAAUAAUAUUUUCGAUUUAUGAUAGGUUUAUUGGCAUGCAACCCCAUCAUAUGUUGAGGAGAUUAAGAAUCCUGUUGCUUUGCAUUUGAAAUGAGUUAGCACUAAAUGGGUCACUCAAAGUGACACUAAAAGUGAACUAAAAGUUCACAGAAGGAGGAAGUCUUUAUUUGGUGCUUGCCCUGGGGGGAAUGGCUCUUAAUAGCCCCAGAGUUUGGUAAAGACGAAGUUGCUAGUGUCUUGAAUUAUUAAAGCAAAAGAUCACUGCUUAAAAAAAUUGCUGAGUUUAUCCUCACAAAAGAUUUCUAAGGAUUUAGGUAAUGUGUCUUUAAAGCUCCAACAAACCAUGGAAUCAACUGGGAAGGAGGCAAAUCAGCCUUUGUUGUGUGGUUGAAAGCAAAUUAGUGCUUUCAGAACACUGAUAGCUGCUGAGACAGACAUCCAUUGUUCAAAGUUUUCUUUUCCCUGAAAGAAUGGUGUUUUGUUGAAUUCCAGGAAGCAGGGUUGACUUCCUCUUUAGAAGAAGGAUUUCUGAGACACAUUCAAAUGAUUAAAUUAAAAGCUAAUCGUCAACAUCACGAGGGAAUAAGAUCGGACACAAUGUUGCAUCUUUUUUUUUUUUUUCUGGUUCUUCCUUUCACUCACCCUUAGGCAGCCUUAGGUUGUACAACAAAGCCUCAGGUAUCUACCUAACACAGUAUAGUUUCUCCCAAAGUAAUGCUCAGUAGAUGAAUGAGAAAAAGAUACCAAAGGAAUCUUGUGUGGAGGCAAAUAAUAAAAUUUAGGGUGGGAAAAAAAAAAAGGUCUUUUGCCUGAAAACAAUGUAUAGAUUCUGACGACAUAAAUAGUUGGCUGUAAUUACCUCCCUUUUAGUUUUGCUUUAAAGUCUAAUUUUUCUCCAGUUAACAUCUCCCACCCACUAUUAACCCUGCAUAGCCUCUGAGACUCAGUGAGAGACAGUAUGUUCCUGGUGCCACGGCUGUAGACUUCACUUUCUCUAAACAUGGCGUUCAGUAGAAGUAAGAUGUUCGAGGAAUACGAACACACGUGCUUCCUUUUUAAGUUUCCUGAGACUUUCCUGCUAAUCCCAGGAGGAAGAUAGCUGGGUGGACCUACCACUGAGAAACGAAAGGGAUGGUCUUUAAAUUAAAGAUGACACUAAGAGCUCCUUUCUCUACCCAUGUGCCUCAUCUCCAGGAUCCAAUUUAAUUAAAUUCUAAAGACCUAACCAUAAACUACAAAAGGUCCAGGGAAUUCUUGCAAGCCUAGAAGGGUCUUAAAUUAUAAAGGCCCAGUUCUCUUCGCUUUAAAGGAGACUUUGGAAAUCCAUAUCAGGCCCCAGUUCAACCACAGAGAGUACCUUGCAACCCCUCCCAAAGUUGCAGAGGCAGGGCCUCAGACAACACUUGUAAGUCAUAAUAAUGAAGGUUUGGGCUUGCUCCAAGGAGAAGUGGGGUUUGCUUCAAUUCUGGAGUAUCUGAAUCCUGAGAGAGCUAUUUCGUAAGUAGCCAGUUCUUUUGGGGCUCAUCAGCUGACAUUGGCCACCGACCAACCCCAUAUGGAUCAAGCCUCCAUCCCUCCAACACCAAAGAGGAGGUCUCAAAGCUCUUAAGGAGGAAGAAACUUGGAGAGAGAGAGAGAGAGAGAGAGAGAGAGAGAGAGAGAGAGAAGGCAGGUAGCUUGGUUUCCAAAUGCCCUCCUUGUGGCUCUAAGAGCCCCGAUGGUGCUAUCAAACCAACUUGGACCAUGUUCAAGAAGAACGGCUCCUCUUUGGUGGAAUUUUCUAAGUUUCCGCGUUUGUGUAAAUGUCAAGAGAUUUCCAAGUGUGAUUUUCAUUUUACCUUUAUAAGCAACCUGUGAUGGACCAAAGUCAGCUGCUAUAAAUAAUUCACUACAGAAAAGGCGAUCAUUAGCCAAGGCCCACUGGCUAUUAAAGGUUUUGAAACUUGGUUUUUAGUUCAUACUAAAGAGAGUACGUGUCGCUUAAAAAUCAUAAAAUGUCACCUAGUACAAUGUCUUAAAUGUUUAUAUUUUGAAUGAAAAAAAAAGAAUAAAUGUCAACAGGAAGACUUAAA